UCCAUGUGCUAUAACUCUCCUUCUCCAACAUUUUAAACUUUCUCGCUCAUAGUUUCCAGCUAUCCAACUCUGUCUAGGCGUGUUUAUAAAUAUAUAGAUUCCGAUCCUACAUGUGUAGUUUCAGUUUUUCAAGGAAGAAAGAGAAGCUGCAUGAGUUUUUGGAUACUCAUUUUGAGUAGAACUCUACUGAGAUCCUAUAUUUAGCACACAAGAUUUCUUAGUCUUAUAGUUUUAAGCCCAGGAAGAAGCGGUGGUGUAUGGAGAAUAUGGAUAAAUAUGAGCUGGUGAAGGAUUUGGGAGCUGGGAAUUUUGGGGUAGCAAGGCUUUUGAGGCACAAGGAAACCAAAGAGCUUGUUGCUAUGAAAUACAUCGAGCGAGGUCAUAAGAUAGAUGAGAAUGUGGCAAGAGAGAUCAUAAAUCACAGAUCACUGAGGCAUCCGAAUAUAAUCCGUUUCAAGGAGGUGGUUUUGACUCCCACUCAUUUAGCCAUCGUAAUGGAGUAUGCAGCUGGCGGAGAACUAUUUGACAGAAUCUGUAGUGCUGGUAGAUUUAGUGAAGAUGAGGCUAGAUAUUUCUUUCAGCAGCUGAUUUCUGGUGUGGAUUAUUGUCACUUCAGGCAAAUCUGCCAUAGAGAUUUGAAACUGGAAAAUACACUGUUAGAUGGAAGUCCUGCCCCUCGCUUAAAAAUAUGUGAUUUUGGAUACUCUAAGUCAUCGUUGCUGCAUUCGAGGCCAAAAUCAACUGUAGGAACUCCCGCAUACAUAGCACCAGAGGUUCUCUCUCGGCGAGAAUAUGAUGGCAAGUUGGCAGAUGUAUGGUCAUGUGGUGUUACACUCUAUGUGAUGCUGGUGGGAGCCUACCCUUUUGAAGAUCAAGAUGAUCCUAAGAAUUUUAGGAAAACAAUUCAGAAAAUAAUGGCUGUACAGUACAAAAUCCCCGACUAUGUUCAUGUGUCUCAGGACUGCAGACACCUUCUCUCUCACAUAUUUGUUGCGAAUCCUUUCAGAAGAAUCACUAUUAAAGAGAUCAAAAGCCACCCAUGGUUCUUAAAGAAUUUGCCCAAGGAACUGACAGAGUCAAGCCAAGCCAUUUAUUAUCAGAGAGAUAACCUGAGCUACUCUGCUCAGAGUGAGGAGGAGAUUAUGAAAAUUGUGUCUGAGGGGAAAAACCGACCACAAUCAUCUGUGCCUGUUAAGGGCUUCUGUUGGGGAGCACACGAUGAAGAGAAUGAAGAAAUAGAUGAAGAAGUGGAUGAAGAUGAAAUAGAUGAUGAAGAUGAAUAUGACAAGAGGGUCAAGGAGGUCCAGGCAAGUGGAGAGUACCAAAUCAGUUAAGUGGUGCAGUCUUUGUUUCACUGUUAGUUAAUCAAUUAGCAGUCUGAAUCUCACAGAACUGCACUUUGUGUACAAUAAUAGGCAAUAAAUUGGUAGAUUUUAGAAUUUGAAUGCUUUAACUUGUAAUUUGUUCAUGUAAUGUACGAUUUAUUUCACCAUGGGCUUCAAACCUACGAGAAAUGAUGGAUGGCAGGUUUGCAUA